AUGGAUUGGAACCCAAAGAAAAGUGGUUUUGGAGCUGGAGGUCAGUCAUCAACAUCAAAACUACCGUUUUCAAAACCGAUCAAUCUAACAAUGGAACAACGAUCACCUUCUCCUCCUCCUCCAACAAAUACAUCUACAACUUCUACAUCGACAUCGAACCCUACUACUUCUUAUAAUUAUGGUGGUAGCAGCGGUGGUGGUGGUGGUCCACAGCCUAGCUCUCCCAUUGUAUACAAUUCUCCACAAUUUGUUCAUCCUUCAACAUUUGGUGGUAAAUCCAGUGGAAAUAAUAGUAGUACAUCUCCGUCGUUAACGGGAAGUAGUGGUGGAAAUGGAGGAGCAAGUAGCAGUGGAGCUACGGGAGUCAGUACUUCCAAUAGCAGUAGUGGAGGAGGACAAGCCUCUCCCUCUUAUUCUCAACCAUAUCCCAUCCUUUCUCCUAGAGUUCCAAAUCAAUAUAUCUUUAGUGCUCCGUCAUCUAGCAACAAUAAUAAUAAUAUUAAUAAUAAUAAUAAUAGCGAAAACAAUCAACCAACUAGUCCGAGUAGGAUACCAUCCGACAAUAAUAGUAAUGGGGGAAAUACUUCCUCAUCCUCUUCACAACAACAUUUUUUCCAGGCAAACAAACAAACAUCCACCAAAUCAUCACCAACCAUUGUUAAUAGGAACCAAACAUCUUCACCUCCACCACAACCACAACCAACCUCCUCCUCCUCCUCUCAACCAUCAUCGUCACAUAUGUUUUCAUCAUCCUUUCACCAACCCUUUCAGCAAAAGGAAAAGCGCAAGGAUUUAAACAACUCUUAUAGUGUGUUUAACAGCGAGCCACUCGGUGGCUUUAGCUCUUCACCUCCCAAAAAUUACAACAACAACAAUAAUAAUAAUGAGGAACCAACCUAUUCCAUCCAGGCACAUCAUCACAACCAACAACAACAACAACACCAACACCAACACCAACACCAAAACAACCAUCAUCACUCUCAACCAUUUUCCUCUACUAGUAGGUCAGAGCAUAAAGAUAUUUCCAUGCCAGACUCACCAACCUCAUCGUCAUCAACCAACUCUUCAAACAAUACCUCGCCCACUACAUCCGCGCCAAUACCCACCUAUUUCCCACCACACCAACAACAGAGUCACCAACAACAACAACAAGAAUCACCAAAAUAUCACAAUUCGACGACAACUACACCGAUCCUUCAUCCUUCCAAUAUGAAUGAAAAUUCAAUCGAUCAUGGUCACCAUCAACAACAACAACAACAUUAUAACCAAAACAAUAAUAAUAAUAAUAAUAAUAACCAUCAUCACUCACAACAAAUGCACCACCAAUCACUUUCACAACAACACAGUGUUGUACCAGAGAGACAAAUAUUUACUCCGAUUCUACCCAAACCAAACUCCUCCACACCCACAUCUGCGUCCGCCCCAACCACUCAACCAAUACUUCAAGUAGCACCACCAACCACACCCAAUUCAUCCUCGUCUAAUCUUCCAAUGUUCCCAGUCAUGCCAAAUGAACAGGAUACAUGGAUCGAGAUUAGAGACCUUAGUUCAGAAAUAUCGAAAAUUGCCAAAUCAUGUCUUACCAAGGGUAUCACUGAAGAUAUUUUAAAUCAAAUCAAGGAAAAGGGUGUUUAUUUAAUUAAAAUGAUAGAGUUGGUAGCUCAAAAAGAAACUUUGGAAAGAAAAAUUGAUGAUGAUAGAAAUAGAAUACCACCAUUGACAAGACCAAGAAGAUUUAGAAAGAAAAAGAAAAUGACAAUUGUAGUUGGUGGCGAAAACUAUGACUCGAAUAUAAUGUCGAGUGAUGGUCGACCAAUCAAUGGAUUGUCACCUGGAUUGGCAUCCCCACUUACCACUCCUAUUGGAUCGGUAUCACCUGUAAAUCUUGGAAGUAGUGGUACCUAUCCUCAUCCUCCUCAAUUGAGUUUAGAAAAUGUACAAAAUGAACCAAAUAAUAAUAAUAAUCACCACCAACCAUCAUCUCAACCUCCUACACCAUCACACCAUCACCAUCACCAUCACCAACAACAACAACAAUCACCACCACAACAACAACAACAACAACAAUUACCUUUACAACCAAUUCAACCUCACCAACAACAACAACAACAACAAACAUCACCCCCAUCGACCAUUAACCUAUGUGCCAGUGGCAACCAAUUGGUCCCACCUCCCCUUACACCUUCAUCUGCAGCCGCUGCAGCCGCCUCAGCAGCCUCUGGAACCACAACCAAAAAGAAGAAAGCUGGUGACCCACUCUACUGCACUUCUUGUGGAACCACUCAAACACCGGAAUGGAGAAAGGGUCCAGCGGGUGGCAAGUCACUUUGCAAUGCAUGUGGAUUGCAUUAUGCCAAACUUAUGAAAAAAGAAGGCCAAGUCAGGGAUACUCAAGCCAAAGACCCUCUCAACGUUGGUGACCAACAUCUUUAUGGGAAACUUAACCUCAUCAUGUGCACAUCUGAUCUAUCUAUUGUAGUAGAUGUACAUCUACUUGUAGAAUACUUCAAUAUGAAUUCUAUAUCAUUAUUUUCAUUGGUCAUUCGAAACAUUGUAACAAGAAAGAGGAUAUUUGGGUUCAUUCGAUUGCACAGUCACUACCGGUUGCUUACGGUACUCGAUGGCAGUGAAUUAAACGCAAAGAUGGCGUGUAUCUAUUAUGAAGAUUGGACACGUGUCGAUUUGAUUGUAAAGAAUGGAUUCUAUGGCUUGUUGGUGGACAAGUUGUCUGCGGGAUAUCACCUGACGGGUAUUGAUGAGAGGUCACUACAACUCAUCUGUCAACAUGUAGUAGACACCAAAUCAUUCUUGGUGGUGUACCAGCGACUAAAGAGUCACUUUGUGUAUCGUGAUCUCAUCCACUAUGCAUGUAUUGGAGGUAAUCUCGAGAUUGUAAGACUAUUGGUACACCAGACCAACCCCAUCAAACUGGAUUGUUCAAGAAUGUUGGAGGGUGCAGCACUUGGUGGUCACAUCGAAUUGAUGACCUAUAUCAUUGCACACGUGCCUGGGUAUCAAGACGAGUCGUUUCGCUCUAGUUAUAGCUCGGCAAUUAAUAUAUUGACCGCUGCACUAAAAUCUAGUUGUCCCACCGCUGCCUUUAAUCUACUCGACCAUCUACUACCAAUCACCACAGAGCAAGUCAUCAUUCGUUAUCACACGAUAAAGUAUCAGUGUCUCAUGACCGGCUCUGAAAAGGUGUGUGAACGAUUCCUCGGUAAAAGUCACCAAUGUUACAUCUCUGCGUUUAACCAUUACAUCAACAGCUAUAUGAUGCAUCACAGUACAUCAGUUCAAAAGCAAAUGAUGUACAAUCUCUUGGCAAAGAUUCAUAUGGAUGACGAUUCUGGCCAAAAAGUCAUUGCAUCAAUAGAGUCAAAGGUAUUUGAUUUGUUUCAACGCGCCAAUCACCUCGAUCCAUCCGUGGAAGAAUUCAAUCUAUUUGCAGUGAUUGUUAUAUUGGUAGAGAAAAACUAUCUCAUCCAAAACAGUAGUAGUGGACAAGAUACAAAGAUAGAAGAUAAUAGUGUACUCGAUACAUUCAAAUCACUAUUUAAAAAGGUUCAUCAAACAUUCCAUAAUAGAAACUCGUUGACUAUUCUCACUGCCAUUAUUGAAAAUCCUAGAAUGUGGUUGCAAGGUCUGCGACCCAAAUCAAUUGCAAUCCUUAAAAAAGCUCAAGAAAGGUUUGGACCUAAAUACAUAUCAUUUAUACAACUAUCUGAUUUAGAGGGUAUCCCAACCGACGUUUUACUUUACAUCUGUUCUCUAAUGGAUCGCACCGACAGUAGAAGAAUGUCAAUAUGGGAAAAGGCAGUUCAAAUAGCCGUCGAAACUGACAACCUUGAAUUAAUCAAAGAGAUGAUUAAAAGUGGGUACCCAUUUUCCCCAGCCAACUUUUACAACUUUAGGUGGGUACUUGGUGCAAGAGAUGUAAGCACCAUUGAAACUAUUUUAAAAUCUACUAUCUUUUCCAAUUGCACCUAUCCCAUGCAACGAUGUAUUGCUCAACGUGGAAGUGUAGAGUUGUUUGAUAUGGUGAGUAGAUGCACUCAUUUCAAUGUACCAACACUACAAGUAUGGCUAUCCCUAGCAGCUGAAUUCAACCGAAUGGAAUUGGUUGGUCAUUUGGAACUAGUUUUAUCACACAAACAACCAAAUAAUGGUGACAUCAUACUGCCUAGUAUCAAUGGAUUUUCAUUUACAACAUUAAUUUCUUGGAGUACGUCUACGUCAAACAUUGAUGUAUUUAAAUACUUUUUACAGAGAACAAAUUGGAGACCUGAAAAGAAACGAGUCUAUGACUGUAUCCUUGCCAAUCCAUCUACUUCAGUUUCAUGUCUAGAGUAUCUAAUCGAUUCUUCUUUUCAAGAUGAUAAAUCAGAUGAUUACCAACAUCUUGUCUAUUAUCUAACCAAUAGAAAAGACAAAAUAUCUGACAUGACCUAUCCCCUCUAUGUCUUUUUAUCCAAUCGUCUAAAGAUUCCAACUAAUUCCAUUAUUCUAAAUGGUUUUGAUAUAUCUAAAUACCAAUAA